CCACCCAUGCACAAACCGAAACCUGCAGGAGCCUGCUGCAGUUUGCAAGAAGGAGCUGGACACUUCAUUGUCAAUCUUGGCUUGAGAGGGCAGACAAUUAUCUCACGCCUUUCUCGAACAAAAAUUGUUCUAGGGAUGGUGCAAAUUUGAAAUAAGUUGUUUUUAAGAAGACACACGCCGCCGAGGGUGCGCGAUGGAGCGCCUGGCGCGUGAGGCGUACAUGGUGGGCACGGAGUGGGAUCAGUAUGACGGCGUGUUUGCACUGGACUGGCAAUUCGACACCCUUGAGGCAGCAUUUGAGGAAGGUGGCGUCCUGCAUGGGCAGAAGGUGUGGGUGUUUGGAGCAACGGAGCCGCAGCUCGUGGAGUGGAAGGGGAUGCACCGCGUCGUGCAGAUUCCGGCGGUGGUCGCGGUGACGGCGCCAUUCCCCCCCACCACCAAAUUGGGCAUUAAAUCGGUCCAGAUGGAGCAGGAGAACAUUGUGAACCUUAAGGAGAUGAAGAUGGACUGGGUGCCCUUUAUCCCCGACGAAGACGAGUACCGUACUCUGGAGCGGCUGCACUCUCAAGUCUAUGUGCUCAAGUGUGUCCAAAGGAGGGCGGCACUGAAGCAGCUUAAGACGGAGCGCAUUAAAAAGUACGAGUACUGCCUCCCGUACAUCUCGAUGCCCUGGAAGGAAGAGGCGACUGAGGACGACACCACGGUCAACCUCAUGUACACGUACGGCGACGAGAAGACCACACCACCUGUGGUGUGCGAAUUCGACUGGACAAUGGACGAGGCCGAUGAGUUCGUGGACGACCUUAUCAAAGAGGAGGCUCUGCCCAAGGACGAGCGUCAGGGGUUCCGGACGUAUCUCGUGGGGGAGGUGAACGAGGCCAAGCGGAAAGUCCGGGAGGCCAAGGCGGAGCGGCAGCGCGUGAUUGCGGAGAUGCCGGCGGAGACGCGGGCGGCCAUGGAGAACAUGCGGUUCUUCAAGUUCUACCCCACGCCCUCCGACGACACGCCCGACAUUGAACAAUACAAGUCUCCCUUCAUCAACCGGUAUUUCGGCAAAGCUCAUCAAGUGCUCUGAGAGGGCAGACUGGAGCAGGCCUUGCUGUCAGGCCGCGCAGCACCUGCAGCUCGGGGGUCCAGGACAAGAGGGCAAAGCUGACUGCUGCAGAUCCGACCUUGAAGCUGGAUCCAAUUUUGAAGAUUUAUUGAGUCAAUCUGAGUUACAGGAGUGGCAGCUGCGGAUAAGUGGUAGAAAAUUGAAAAGCGAUAGAUCGAGUAGGACCUUGAUUCAAAUAAACCAGACGGCAGUUUAUUCAAAUCGUUUGGAGAUUCUUUUGACUGCGCUGUCCAACAGUAAAUGAGGACAUAAUAAAUGCAUUAUUGAGUAUCAGGUACAAUUGCAAAUGGAAACAGUGACGAUCGAGUCAGACUUACAAGAGCAUGUGCCAAAUUCGUUGGAUAUAUGCAUGAUUCAGCCUUCAGUACUGCAAACCAUCUAAGC